CCAUAGUUGACAGGGUUCUACCCUGUGGUCCUUAGGGAGUCAGCCAGUCAGUGGGUCAGUGUCCGGGUAGGUCUAAGUGGUGAGCAGUGGGACUCCUUGUCGUGCACCUGACACCACCAUGGAUGACUAUCCGAUGUCUGGGUUACUUGUGGGGUUCUCCUUGUGGGGGACCCUUCGGCGUCUCCUCUUUCCUCUGGGCUUCUGGCCCACUUUCACGUGUAGAGUAGGAACCCGGGGUGACACUUCCACCCAACCUUACACGAAGGAGGAGGAGGAGAAGAUGGCCGCCAUCCUGCAGGAGAGAAAGGAGAAGAAGGAGGCCAAGAAGAAGGCCCUGCAGGAGGAGCAGGCGGCAAAGUUGAAAAAGAUAGAGGAGGAGAUGGCCAGAGAAAAAGAGAGGUUGAAGAAGGAAGAAGAGGAGAAGUUGAAGGAGGUGGAAGAGGAGGAAGAAGAUGAACCGCCACUGCAAAGGAGGAGAGGGCAGCACAGUGGCAGCAAGGAUGAAGAGAUGGAGAAACGGAUUUCAGAGUGGGAAGCCGCUAUGAAGGAGUGGGAAGCAGAAGGAGAUGUUUUGAAGCGGCAGGUGAUGGAAGACAAGAAGAGAAUGGAGGGGAAACUCGCAAUGAUGAGGGAGAAGAAGAAGAGGGUGGACGCAGCGAGUGAAGCAGUCAAAGAUUUAGAGGAGGUGCAGAAACUAACUCUACGAUUGACCCCUCAGGUAGACCUCCAGCAAAAGGUGGAGAUCAUCGCGCAGAGCGUCGAGCGUUUAGCUCGAGUGCAAGAACAGCAAUGCGAGUUUAGCCAAAGUCAGGAUAUAGCUGUGCGUUCGAUGUGGAUGGGGUUCCGGGACUUUGCCCGCAAAUUGGUAGGCGUUGUGGGAGCCGAGGUGAAUCAUCGCCUCGAGAAGACUGAGCGUUUUUGUGUUGGCGCCAUUGAAGGCAUCAAGGUGGCAGCUCCCAAGGAGGAAGAGCCGCGUCCUCGUAGGGAGCCGGUCAAAGUCAAAUUCCCUGAUUCCUACAGUGGAAAAAGGGAAGAAAACUUUGACAACUGGGAGGCCAACGUCAAGACCUAUGUGCAUCUGCAACAGGUCUCCCCAGAUCAGCACGUGUUAAUUGUCAUUCAUGCGCUUAGAGAUGAGGCCGCCAGUUUCGCAAGGUCCCUAGUCCGCGCUGCCAAUUGCAACAAUGAUGCAGUGGCCUACUCAUCGUUCACCCCCCUCGUUGAUUUCAUGAAAUUGCUGCGCGAGCCAUUUGCUGAUGUCGCUCGCAGUGUCAAGGCCUCAGAUAAGCUCCAGACCAUCCACGCUCGUAAAUGGAAGAGUGCCAGGGCACUCAAGGGUACGAUGGAUGAAUUGGUGGCUGUCCCUGACCAURGGGUCACAGAGGCCCAAUUGGUCRGCCUCUUCUAUCGGGCUAUGCCCGAAGCCUUUCGAGGGCAGUUCUUCGCGAAGAGCGAAGAUCCUGCCACCACUUAUGAUUCCCUUAGCCGUGAAGUGGUGGCUUUCGAGGUGAAGUCGGUGUCACUUUCUACCUUCUGGCACAAAGACCUCGACAAAGGAAAGCAAUGGAAAGGCCGCACUAUCUUAGGGCAAGUAAAGACCAAGGAUAGCCUUGUCCUUACCUUAGAUGAAGGUAGUGUGGACGAGAUCCCCUACGAGCAGAUUGAGUGGGGAUUAGAGGAGGAGGACAGUUGUGUGAGCCAGGGAAGGACUUACGCUGUUGUCGCGGCUGGAGGGAGGCCGCAAGGAGGAGGACGAGGCCAGGGCCAAGGGGGCCGGGCCUCAGGGAGCCGGUUUCAGGGCGAUCAGGGGGUUGGCGGCAGGGGAGGAAACCGCCAAGCGGGAGGAAGGGGUCAAGGUCCCCCGCAAAACCGUCCUAGGAAUAGGUCUCCCUAUAGGGCGUAUUUCCGCCUAGAGAAAGAUGGGAAAGUGGAGAAAGUCCUCCACUCCCUGACUCUCCUCGUAGAAGACAGCCUCCCAUUCGAUAUUAUCCUGGGAAUGGAUUGGGGAGAGGCAGUCGGGGCCACACUCUAUUUGAAAGAGCACGAGUGUAAGCUCCCUAGCCCUUCAGGCGAGGCUAAGACUGCCCGCCUGUUCCAUGUGUCAGGAGUAGAGAACCCCCUGGCACAUUGCUGCCUUAGUGCACCGGCAUUCGCGAGAUUCGUGAAGAAGGAGCACCUAGAAGAACAGGUCUUUGUAGCCUAUGUUAGGCCAGUGACUGAGCCUAAGGAGGAGAAGCCUACAGACCCUGCUAUUGCCAAACUGCUGGAGGAGUUUAAAGACUUAGCUGAGCCGCCAACAGGAGUAGUACCGCGACCCAUCCAGCAUCGUAUUGAGAUAGAGCCUGGCAGUAAAACUCCUAAGGGUGCGGUGUACAGGAUGUCCCCAUGGGAGUUAGAGGAGCUUCGCAAGCAACUAGACGAACUCCUUGAGAAGGGUUGGAUUAGGCCCAGUUCAUCUCCAUUUGGAGCGCCUGUUCUCUUUGUCCCCAAGAAAGAGGGAGAGUUGAGGAUGUGUAUAGACUAUAGGGGUCUGAAUGUUGUUACAGUGAAGAAUGUUGAGCCACUGCCUAGGAUAGACGAUCUCUUAGAUCGAGUGCAGGGGGCAAAGUACUUCUCCAAGAUAGAUUUGAAGUCCGGAUAUCAUCAGAUAGAAGUGCAUCCUGAUGAUCAGUAUAAGACAGCCUUCCGGACUAGAUAUGGGCACUACGAGUUCAUAGUGAUGCCCUUUGGACUAACCAAUGCGUCAGCUACGUUCCAGCGCUGUACGAACGAUUUGUUUAUAGGCCAUGGUUAGAUAGAUUUCUUGUUGUCUACUUAGAUGAUAUCUUAGUGUUUAGCAAGACCCUCCAAGAACAUCAGGGUCAUCUCAGGCAGGUCUUGGAGAAGCUGAGAGAAGCUAACUUCAAGGUCAAUGCAAAGAAGUGCGAUUGGGCGAAAACCCAAGUCUUAUAUCUAGGCCACGUCCUAGACGGAGACGGCGUUAAGCCAGAAGAUUGCAAAAUCGCAGCGAUUAGGGAUUGGCCCUCACCGCGUACGCUAACAGAGUUGCGGUCAUUCUUGGGCUUAGCUAACUAUUAUAGGAAGUUCGUGAGGAACUUCUCCACCAUCGCUGCGCCCCUUCACAGA